CUUGCAGACCCCGAGCAAGAAGUCCAGGUCCCUCCGGAGGGGAAGUUUAGCUCCCGCCUGGAUUUAGCUGCUCCCACCGGGCUCCAUCCAUCACCUCCCGUCCCCCCCCCCCCCGCCCUCCACCAUGAGGCUGGGCUGUUUAAAACCCUCGGUCAGUCUCCUCCUCCCUCCUUCCCCCCCCGCCCGCCCCUUCCAACACCCCCCGGGAGGGCAGGGGGAGCAGGGGGAGAUGCUGCCGGGAUGCGGGAUGCGGCGGCGGCCGGGCCGGGACCCCCCCGGGCGGGGAGAUAAGGAGGUUAGAGAAGGGGGGGAGGUGAAAGGAAGGGGGGGACACAGCCGGGAAGGUGAGAGACAGCGAUGCUCUCUCCUCUGGCCCGGAGCAAAAAACCUUUGUCCCGCAGGAUUCCGUGAAAGCCACCUCACACCGGGAGAAGAGCUGGAUGAGGUGCGGGGGGGCGGGAAUUAUGGCCGGAGAGUGAGCUCUUGGGACUGCUUUAGGUUUAACCAACAGAUUCCCCUGGCUGAACCCCUCCGCUGGGCUGAAUUUAGCAGCAGAAGAGAUAACCAGCAGAUAAGGGCUGAUACCCUGGGAGGACAGCGGGAGACGGGUAGGCGGCCGAGGAAAGGGAGAGAAGCCGGAGGCAGCGCUGGGAAGGGCCGGGAAGGGUCUGGAGGAGGGGGCUGGGGAGAAUUGAGAGUUACAGACUCUGGGAAGGGAUCGGCCAUCCCCGGGACAGCGGAGAGGGGAGAAAUCGGCUCCAAAAAUUCCGGUGCCUACGGCUGGGUGGCAUCUGCGGGCGGUAUGGAUCAGCUAUAGGUAUCUAUCUAUAGGUAUCUAUAGGUAUCUAUCCAUCGGUAUCUAUCUCUGGGUAUCUCUAGGCUGUCCCUGGCUUGUGUUAGAGCAGCCGGUGACAUUGAGAAGGGAAAGCGGGGUCCCAACCAAGG